AUGGAGGUAACAGGAUACGAAGAUGAAAAGCUCGUCACGACAGCUGCUUACGUGGAUGAAGAAGAUGCAAGAUAUGGGAGCAUUUCUGUUCGAUUGGCUGAAGACGAUUCGCUUAUUGAAGAGACAAUCUUCUGUUUAGUGGUGACGUCGACGGCCCAGAAGUCUCCAGACGGAGGUUUUCUAGAUGAAGAACCAUUCAAUCGACGAUCCUUUAUUACUGGGCAAAGUGGGAAACAUGGACAGGGGAUAUCAGGUUCUGAAGGACAAAGAAAACGAAAAGUUCAAUGA